AUGAAUUCUACAUCCCCAUUUCACCGAAUCCGUUGGAAACCAGCGUCUCUGUCUCCAGAGCCACUGUAUUUCACAAAAGUGGUAUUUGUGGUGGAAGAAAGCCAGCGACAAAGCCAUGACUUAGCAGCGUACCAGAACGAGCUCGGCGCCCUAGGUUACACCACAGCCGUCAUCACCAACCCUGGCGAAAUGAACACCGAGCUGACGCCAGAAACAUCAUCAAUCGUUGUGCACAUCCCUCAUGUUCCAGAUAGUCGCGAAAUCGUCUACUCUGCGGCCGUGGCCUCGUGUGCAAGUUUGAUUGCUAUCGCGCAGGUGCUAGCAACAUCCCAGCCCGCCCGGGCUUCGGGGACGGCGACGGGUGCUGCCUCCGUCAAGCUAUUCUCGCUGGCCAAGAAUGGUGAUGGGAUCAAUGAGCUAAGCUAUGCACCUUUGCAUGGCCUGGCGCGCGUGCUGAAGAUGGAAAGUCCGGAUUUCUUUGGGGGGUUGGUCGAUGUGAAAGAGAAGGAAUUGCGGUUUCCGCUGUCCGCUAUUAAAUAUGCGCAGGGAUUUGACGUUAUUAGAAUGCGCGAGGACGAGGAAGAAGGGAUUAUGCAGACGGCAGCAUUGGAGGUUGUAUUGCCGCCCGAUGGCGAGGAGAAAGAGAGGCGAGCGAUGGCGCUCGAUUCGGAGUCUGCGUAUCUGAUCACUGGCGGUACAAGCGGUAUUGGCCUUGAGACUGCUGGCUGGAUGGUCGAACAGGGAGCUCGUCAUUUGAUACUUGUGAGUCGCCGUGGGGUAGAGUCCAAAGCGCAUGACAGUCGUGCCAGCGCCCUCCAAGCUCGCAUAACCGAGAUGGAGGCUCAUGGCGCCACAGUUCAUGUCUUGGCCAUCGACCUUAGUCUCCCCGGCGCAGAUUCCACCCUACUACAGGCGAUCAACAGACUGCCCAGUCCGGUUGUCAAGGGCGUUGUGCAUGCCGCAGGGACGGCAGGGUAUCAUACCCUGAAAGCGUGCACACCAGCGGAUAUCGAUAAAGUGUUCGCCCCGAAGGUACGAGGGGCCCUUAGUCUAGAUGCCGUCUUCCCAGCCGCCACGUUGGAUUUCUUUAUUCUGGUGUCAUCAAUUGGACAGCUCGUCGGAUUCCCGGGCCAGCUCUCCUACGCGCCGGCGAAUGCGUUUCUAGACGGGCUGGCGGUCCAGCGAAGACGUGAAGGAGACAACUGCACAUCGGUUCAGUGGACGACGUGGCGCGGCGUGGGGCUAUCAGCGCAGACCAAGUCCGCCACGCGAAUGAUCAACAAGGGGAUGAAAGACCGGGGCAUUGCGGACAUAUCCAAGGAGGAGGCUUUGGCUGCCUGGGGACAGAUUCUCGCACUUCACGUAGAUCAGGUGGCGGUGGUACGUGCGUUGGAAGUCGGUGCCGACGAGUCUCUGGGACAUCCAAUUCUCAAGGAUAUAACGCCGCGGAGGAAGCGGCAGGCGUACAGUGAUUACCCGAAGGAUGCCGUGGCCGUCGUAGGUAUGGCUUGUCGGACGGCCGCUGGCAAUACGCCAGACGACCUCUGGCAGAUCGUACAGACCGGGGAGAGCACAAUUCGUGAGAUUGACGCCGUCCGAUUCCCCGAGGCGUCGGCCAGGGCGAAAAACCGUCUCCACGGUCAUUUUCUCUCCGACAUCGAAUCCUUCGAUCACAAGUUUUUUGGCAAGUCGAAACGCGAGGCAGCGGCCAUGGAUCCGCACCAGCGACUCCUGCUCGAGACUACAUACCAUGCACUCGAAACGGCAGGCUGGGUCGGCGGCGAGCAUUCAGCAUCAGAGACCCAUGACGCACUCACUGGCGGCCAUGUAACAGGAUGCUUCAUCGGGAUGAAUACGCAAGAUUAUGCCCUGAACUCAGGCUCGCAGUCGCCCUCGCCGUACACAGCGGCGGGGAGCAUGCGCUCCUUCGUGUCAGGUCGCGUAAGUCACCACUUCGGUUGGACGGGGCCAUCGCAGAACAUUGAUACGGCAUGUUCAUCAGCUAUGGUAGCCAUUCACCAAGCCUGUCGUGCUCUUCAGGUAGGCGAAUGCACGCGGGCGAUCGCGGGUGGCGUCAACUUGAUCCCAAACACGGCUUUGUUCGACGCUCUACGCACGGCGGGCUUCCUCAGCGAGACUGGUGCUUGCAAGACGUUUGAUGCGCGUGCCGAUGGGUACUGUCGCGGCGAGGCCGUUGGGGUUGUCAUUUUGAAACCGCUGGACCGGGCGCUUGAGGAUGGAGACGAGAUCCACGGCGUGCUUCUGUCAACCGGAAAUAACCAGAACAUAAACAGCACUAGCAUCACGAAUCCAGUGCUCCAAAGCCAGGCCGCGUUAUAUAAAGAUGUGCUGGCGCGCGCGGGAGUCAAUCCGCACGAUGUCUCCUAUGUCGAGGCCCAUGGCACGGGUACUCGCGCCGGAGACCCGAUCGAGGUUCAGGGGAUCCGACAGGUUUUUGGUGGGCCGGACAGGCGCUCGGUACUACAUAUGGGCGGGGUGAAGCCUAACAUUGGUCAUUCUGAGGCGGCCGCCGGGGUCAUGUCACUGAUCAAGGUGCUGCUCAUGUUCAAGCACGGCAAAAUCCCACCACAGGCGCAGUUCAAGACGCUGAACCCUAACAUUGCAGCACUGGAACCGCAUCACAUGGCUAUCUCGACGGCAUUAAAUGAUUGGGCUGAUGAGAUGCGACUGGCCGUGGUGAAUAGUUUUGGUGCGGCUGGUAGCAAUGCUGCUGCUGUCGUUGCACCUCCACCUGAUCGACCUGCCAGCCAGAUCAGACCGCGUGAGUUGGAGGGUGCAUCGCAGUGGCCGAUAUUCAUCUCCGCCGCGUCCAAACCCAGCCUUUUGGCGUCAUGUGUCAAGCUAGAGCAGUAUGUCGGUAGCAAGGGCAACGAUAUAACUCUAGACCAGUUGGCCUUUGCUUUGGCAACGAAAGGUAAUUGGCAGAUCCAAAAUAGGUUCUGCACAACAGCAAGCUCGCUAUCUGAUCUACAGGCCCAGCUCCGCAAUGCGGAGGCGCAUGUUUCCAUGUCGGACGCCAAACCUGUCGUGCUGCUUCUGAGCGGCCAGAAUGGAACUACCGCCCCGGCAAUGAGGUGUCUCUACGAUGGCUCGCUGCUUUUCCGCGCCCGACUGCACGAGUGCGAGGAAGCCAUGCUCGCUCUAGGCCUGCCUAGUGUGCUUCCAACCGUUCUGAAUGGUACCGGAUCCGGUGAUAGCGACGCUGAAAAUGACCUGGUCCUCCGCCACGCAGCUCUGUUUUCCAUCCAGUAUGCCAGCGCCAUGUCGUGGAUCGACUCCGGGGUCGUACCGCAGGCAGUCUGCGGCCAAUCCUUUGGCGAGUGCGCGGCGUUGGUCAUUACUGGAGGAUUAACGCUUGAAGCUGGCAUGAAAUUUAUCACGGGUCGUGCAUCUAUCCUCCAUAGACUGUGGGGACCAGAUAUGGGUUUGAUGAUGGCCAUAGAAGCCGAUCUCGUUUCCUCGAACAUGACCCCCACUCAGCACCUGCAGCAAUUUACUGAUAAAUGCCAGUCAGGCAGGGUCGAGAUUGCGUGCUACAACGGACCAAACAACUAUGUCGUCGCAGGGAGCACGCAAGAUGUCGAGGCUCUGGAGACGUUCCUGAAAGAGCAGAAAUCAAAGUUCACCUCCAACAGGCACAAGAUCCGCUUUAAGGUGCUGAGGGGAAUAUACGCAUAUCAUUGCCAUAUGGCGGACUCGAUCUUGGAUGCUUGUGCCGAGCUAUCAGCGUCGCUUCCACUAAAGCGUCCCACCCCCGCCUUCGUGUCAUGCCAUGAUUCAGGCGAGGAAGAAGACUGGAAAUGUAUGGACUCAACUGCAAAUAUCAUCGGCCGCAAUACCCGAGAUCCCAACUAUUUCGGAGAUGCGGUGAAUCGCAUCGUCGCCCGUUUAGGUCGGUCGUGUACUUUCCUAGAAGCCGGCUUCGGGGGCCCGAUUACCGCGAUGGCUCAGAACGCGCUAGCAUCGACCGAGCAUGACCAUACGUUUGUUGCCCUUAACGGUGUCGACCCACGACGAUCACUCGCAGCUGCCACAGUGUCUUUGUGGAAGACAACUCGUGGCGUCCAGUUCUGGCUGUUUAAUCGAAGCCAGUCGGCCAACUUCUUGACCUCCAAGGGACGGAGCAUAGAUCUGCCUCCGUACCAGUUCGAGAAGCAUCGUCACUGGAUCAAAUAUAACCCUUCUGGUGGUGGGGAAAGACAUACUGACGAGUCUCGAUUAUGUCCGCAUUGCCACAAGAGCGUUGUUGACUUCCCAUAUAUCGUUCAAGAAAAUCCACAGGCCCAGUCUGACUCCGAUUCCACCAUCAGGUUUAGCAUCGACACCCGGAGUCAACGGUACCAGCAACUGAUCAGCGGCCAUGUGGUGGUCGGAAGCCCACUGUGCCCGGCGGGAAUGUACCUAGAAUUAGUCGCCCACGCGGUUUGUUUCCUUCAGGAUGGAAGUGACCAGGAGAAUGAGAUUGGGUUUGAAGCUGUGGAGAUCAAAGCGCCGCUAGGUCUGGACACCCGGCGUAGCGUCAAAUGUACCCUCGAUAUGAAACGGGAGAGAAGUUGGCGUUUCGAAAUACUCUCCACACACAAGGAUGAGAAGGACGCUCGGCCGACGUCCCACUGCGCCGGUGUCGUCUAUUACGGCAAGGUCCAGAGCGAUAAGAAUGCAGGCGCAAACACAACCAGUACAUGGACACAUAUGUCUCACCUGCUCGAAGACCCAGAAACCGACGCUCUUCGUGGAGCCAUGGUGUACAGAACCUUCACGACCAUGGUCACAUAUUCACCCCCGUACCGAGGGCUACGAUACAUAGUCGGCAAGGGCUCGGAAGGGGCCGGCGAGAUCGACAUGCCCAAGGAAAAGUCAAUCGUGGCUCGGGCGCCCAACGAGAAUAUCAUGGAUGCGCUGCUCCUCGAUUACUUCAUGCAGAUGGCGGGCAUCUUUGUGCACUCACUGCGGGCUGUGGAUCAGGAGGAGGGUCCGCAGAGCAACACGCCGUAUAUCUGCACGGGUAUCGGACUCGUUAGACCUGCGAAGGGAUCCCUCCGAGGCAGAAAGUAUCGCGCAUAUACACGGAUUGUGCGAGAUGACAGGAGAAGCGUCUUGCUAGAUCUGCUCGCGUUCGACAGCACCAGCCAGCAGAUAAUCUGGUCUGCUCAUGGGCUACGAUUCACCGGGGUACCUCGCACUUCGCUGGUGAAGGCACUGGCGGGGGCGAACCCAGGAGUAUUAGAGACUGAAAUUGUACAAUAUCAGCAGCCAGUGCGAUCUGUCCCGCCUACCCCGUCGCAAUCUAAAGGGGAUGAGGAAGUCCUGAUUGGGGUGCAACAGGUACUGAGUAGGUGCCUGGAUGUCCCCGUCGCCAAUCUGCAGAGAAAUGUACUGUUGGAGGACCUCGGCAUCGACUCCCUCGUGAGCGCCGAGAUUUUAGCUGGCAUCUCGGACCAAUUCAACGUUGAUAUUUCUACCACUGAUCUUGUCACAGCUACAGCUGUGGCGUCGUUGUGUGAUCUUAUCUCGUCGCGACGACACGGCAGUGAACCGCUCAGCGACAACGAGUCCCAGUCGACUCCAGUCGCGGCAAAGGUCUGGCAGAGCACUGUCAUGCGCAUCCUCAGCCAGGCUCUUGAUCUAGAGACUGCAGAAAUUGCUCCGAGUUCCAGACUUGGCGACCUCGGCGCCGACUCUCUCGUGGCUCCGGAAAUAAUGAGCAACCUGAAGGAAGCGUUAGGUGUUGACAUUUCCUUGGCAGACUUCGCUAGUACUACAGAUGUCAUGUCGCUCUGUGAUCUGGUUAAGAGUGCCUUGGGGUACACGCCCAGCGGUUCUUCAUCCGCCCCGUCCGACGAUACACCAUGCUCUGAACUCGGGCCGGCAAGUGACGACCAAGAACCUGCCAUCAAGUCAACAAGCAACGCCAAUGUAGAAGAAUAUACGCCAAAGCCGCCUCCCGCGACAGCUACAUCCAUGCUUCUCCACCGUGGGGUAUCCGCAGCGCGCAAUCUGUUCCUCAUGCCGGGCGGUCCAGGCUACGGAACCGUCUUCACCCCCCUAGGCCAGCUCCUAGCCCAGACAUUCCCAUCGCUCUCUAUAUCCAUCUACGCGCUCAACAGCCCCUACACGGACAUGAAGCUCCCCUCCCCUGACAAGAUUACCCACUUCCACGAUAUCCCCACAGCUCAAGACCUCGCGACCAGCUACACCGCAGAAAUCAAGCGCCGACAGCCCCACGGACCCUACCUUAUUGGCGGCUACUCUUUCGGCGGUAUCCUCGCCCUGGAAUCCAUGCGUCAACUCCUCAGCGCAGGCGACGAAGUUGAGAAACUCGUUCUGCUUGACGCGCCAUGCCCAUGCCCUCCUACGCCUUCUACUCCUUACUCCAUCCGCAUGCCAGAUGCCUUACUACAAUAUAUACGCCCGAUAAGAUCCGCGUUCGGCGCAGGUGAAGUCACUUUAGCACUGGAGCAGCUCGGACGGUAUCGAUACACGGAACUCAAUCUACCGGGUCAAAGAACGAAUAUACCAUCUACAAUUCUCGUCUCUGCAAAACAAGGCGCCGAUUCCAUUCACACCCAAGAAGAACGGGGCUUCAGCGUUCCGGAUGCGCAGCGCGGAGUCACAGAAUGGAUCCUCAAUGAUCGAGUAGACGACGGACCGCUUGGUUGGGAAAGGGUCAUGGGAGAGCAAAAUGUGAAGGUCAUUCGGGCGGAGGGACAUCAUUAUAGUUUUCUUCGCAAUGGGCUGAAUAUGAAGGGGUGGGUUCAGUCGUUAUUCGAGAUGCUUCUUGAAAAUUAA